AUGGCUAUUACCGCUGAGUUAGACCAGGCCCAUUCGGCAACGACCACCAACCCCUCGAGUCUACCCACUUCCGACCAUCUCAACCAAGACGUAUGUCCAGAAGAGGUAUGCACUAUUAAGUCUAAGAAACCGCGUAAGAAAAGAGGGUAUUUCCAUCAGAGAGACUCUCUUGCUCGAAGGGAUAGUCCUGGAAAAGAUGGCUCCAGAAGACGGAAUAGACACGAUAAUAAUAAUUUUGCCUAUCAUCCACUUGCAAUUCUCGACCCAAUUGAUCUUGCGCCACCCGGCUACUCUCACGAGAUGUCUACGUUUCACUUCUACUAUGACGCUAUGAUUGAUCAUUUCUGUACCGUAUUUGCCGAUCUUGGCUACCUCCCUCUUCCCGCACACGAACCGGAAUGUAAAAGGCAUACUAGAGAUAACAAAGAGAAUGUUUUAGGGAAACAUGCGCGGAAAAGACUAAAGAAGAGUCAGCCCGAAGGAAUUGUCAAAAAAUAUGAAGAGAAACUGAUGGCGUUUCUAUCCGGUUCGAAUGCUGACGCAAAGGAAGAAAUUAGAAUAGGGAAGGAAAAGAGAACAAAGGUAAAGGAGAAAGCUAAGGAUGGAACAAAGUCUAACAGGAACGAAAGCCGUCAAUUUGAUGGAAAGGACAAACGAAUGGAAAAUAGCAAGACAGCUGCCGAGUUGGCCAGACCUUCUCAUAACAGAAGUAUAUCUAUCGAUUGGAUUGUGGUAGAGGAUGAUAUAGACGAUGGAGACGAUGCAAGCGACGGAAGCGACGGAAGCGACGUUGGAGGUGUUCCUGUUGUGGUCUAUUGGCAGAAACAUGGCACGUGGGAAGAAGUGAUUGGUAUAGCAAACAAUGAUGGUUUGCUGAUUCUGGAUAUUGAGGAUAAAUUCUCGCGUUGGGUUGUGCAUCUUAUGUGUCAAUAUUACAACGUUACUUCAUUCAGAUCCAACUACGAUCACACUAAUCACUGGCCAAUCGACAUGUCACCGCCACCUCAAGAUUACAUCUACGAUCAACCAGCAUCAACGACCAGCGCUUCCCAACCACGUAUGGCUAAUGGUGGUCCAACGUAUAACUACGGUUACGAUCAAUCUGCUACGACUCACACGAAUACACGACCCGUAAACGGAAUCUCUGUAAACACAACAAAUCUACCACUUAGCACUCCAACAAUCGUUAACACCAUCAGUCACGAAUGGGGGAAGAUCUUGUGUGUGGCCGACGUGCGGGGAAACAUCUCGCAAUUAAAUGUUCUCGCCGAGCAAACUGGCGCGACAGCUAUAAUCCACUCUGGAGAUUUUGAGAACUCAAGUUUAGAAAGAAUGAGCGAGAGAACACUUCGUCAUACAAUAUUAUAUUCUACACUAAUACAACCCUCACUUCGCGCCCACCUCGCAAAUUCCACCGACGAGGAAAUUCGUCGUAUGAUCAAGGAUCGUGAAGAGCCACUAUUAUCCGAAUUUCCCAAAUUUCUCUCCGGUGCCUGUCAACUAAAAGUCCCUGUCUACACUGUCUGGGGAGCGUGUGAGGAUGUAAGAGUAUUGGAGAGGUUUCGAAUGAAAGAAUAUGAAAUUCGAAACUUAUUUAUUCUUGAUGAGAGUACUUCAUAUUUAAUCGAUGUGGGAAACGUGAAUUUGAGAUUGUAUGGGUUAGGCGGAGCUGUUGUACCUCAUAAGCUGUUCGAUAAUGGGGAAGGAAUUGGCACGAUCGCAGGUGGAGCAGGCACUAUGUGGACCACUAUCCUACAAAUUGGUGAACUGGUCGACACUGCUCAAAGGCAUUAUGAUCCCACCGAAACGAGAGUGUUAGUCACUCAAGCAAGUCCCGGACGACAUGGACUGUUAACCCAAUUGGCAAUAACGCUUAGGGCUGACUUCACGAUCUCAGCUGGUCUUCAUUUCCGCUAUGGAAUUUCAUAUAACGAGUUCUCCGUACGAAGUGACCAGGAAAGCUUCAGAACAAAACUAGAAAAUUCGAAAAGAACUUUUCUUGAGACGUACUCGACUAUUAGGUCGCAAGUCGAAGCCAAGAUUGAUGCCUCACAGAAAGUUUUGUUGGACAAUGCAUUGGGCGUUAUUAAUCGUGUUCCUACAGCGGAUAGAGAUAAAGAAGAGCCGGCAUUCAAGAAUAUGUGGAAUUUUAAUCUAUCGGAUGCUGCUUUUGGACACUUGUUGCUGGAAGUCACCAAUGGGCGAAUAUCAGCGGAGACUAAAGCUCAAGGUUUCAAUUUCACCUAUCGCCGGAACAACGGUCAACCAACACAGGCUCCGCGGACUCAGGUCACGUUACAAACUCCAUCGAGCCCUAACCCAUCGUCUCCUAUACUUACUCGUCAAGCUCAAGCUCAAUGGCAGCGAAAUGUUUCGUCUCCUGGGUUGCGACCCCAAAACUCGGCUAAUCGCGAUCCAUCACCACUACGUUCGUCUUCACCAUUGACGAUGGAUAGCGGUGGAGCAAGUGCCACUGGUGUUGGUAGUAACGCCAGGAACACGAAUACGAGUGAUAACGUCGAUGGAGGUGACGUUACUGAGUACACUACAAACUCGUCGUCAGCCGGAAUUGCUACUUGGAAUGAAUCUUCUAGUGACAUCGGACAACAAAGAACUACAGUAGAAAGCAGUAUAGAUGGUGGCAAUGCCAACUCUUUAUUGCAGCAGGCAAGUACUGCUGGAUUUCAAUCUAUGCCACAAUCGUACCCCCUCGGCGACUCAACAGCUUACGAGGCUAAUCAAACAUGGGCUGACCAGACUACCAACGAAUUCGCAAAAGAGGAUGGAUAUGGUAGUAUGAUGAAGGGGAACGAUGAACGGGAUGCAGACGGACAAGGACAACAAGAUGAGGACGACAGGACAGAGUCAGGACGAUCGAGCUCUUAUGGAAAUCGUGAGAACAGAUAUGAAAACCAGAGACAUGGAUAUACAGCAUACAUCGGGAAAAUAACACCCGAGACGAAUGAAGAUGAAAUAAGAGAGUUCUUUGGUGGUGAUGCAUCGGGGAUCGAAAAGGUCAGUAUUCCGAUAGACUCGAAUAGUCAACGAAGAAAAGACUUCGCAUACGUUGAUUUUGUAGAUAAGGAAUCGUGCGAUCGUGCACUUCAGCUCGAUGGACAGUUGCUAGGAGGCAACAAGCUAACCGUAAACCUGAAGAAAACUUACUCCCCCCAUAGAGGCGGUUAUGGCGGCGGCGGACGACGUGGGUUCGGCAGAGGUCGUGGGCGUGGGAGUUAUAAUGCGCGUUUUCAUCAUAAUGGGGGUCACCGAAAGAAGGAUUGA